AAUGAGUCAAUGGAUGGAGUCAAUCGUUCUGUGGUUUAUGAGUUUGUAUUAAUGGGACUCACCAAUUCUUGGGGACUGCAACUUUUUCUCUUUCUAUUCUCUUCUAUAUUCUAUACAGCAAGCAUGCUAGGGAACUUCCUCAUUGUGAUUACAGUGAUCUCAGAGCCUCGCCUGCACUCCCCCAUGUACUUUCUGCUGGCCAAUCUCUCUUUCAUUGAUAUGAUUGAUUCCUGCAUUGUGACCCCCAAAAUGAUUUGUGAUCUUUUCAAGAAGCACAAAUUAAUCUCCUUUGGAGGCUGUGUUUCUCAGAUCUUCUUUAUUCAUUGCAUAGGUGGUGUAGAGAUGGUGCUCCUCAUAGCGAUGGCCUUUGACCGUUACAUAGCAAUAUGUAAGCCUCUCCACUACUUGACCAUUAUGAACCUGAGAAUAUGUAUAGGUAUUCUGAUAUCUGGCUGGAUCAUUGGCCUCACCCAUUCAUUGAUUCAGCUAGGCUUUGUGAUCAAGUUGCCCUUCUGUGGCCCCAACAAAGUAGAUAGUUUUUAUUGUGAUCUUCCUCGGUUCAUAAAACUUGCCUGUACAGAUACCUAUAAACUACAGUUCUUAGUUACUGCUAACAGUGGAUUCAUCUCUCUGGGUGCCUUCUUCAUUCUGAUCAUCUCCUACAUCAUCAUUCUGGCCACCGUCCGACAGCAUUCUUCUAGCGGUGGGUCAUCCAAGGCUCUGUCAACAUUGUCAGCUCACAUCACUGUAGUGAUCUUAUUCUUUGGUCCUUGCAUCUUUGUCUAUGUGUGGCCAUUCCCCACAUUGUCACUGGACAAAUUUCUUGCCAUAUUUGACUCAGUGAUUACUCCUUUUUUGAAUCCAACCAUCUACACAUUCAGAAAUAAGGAGAUGAAAGUGGCGAUGAAAAGACUGUGGAGUCAGCUCUUGAAGUCCCAGACUUUCUCUUAA